CGAUUUGAAAAGUAGGCACACAUAGUUACUUUAGUAUAGGGAUGUUUAGGCAGAGUUGAGUUUUGUUCACAAUAAAAUGUCUACAAAUAUGUAGUUUUAAAGAUAUUUUAAUCCUUAAUAUAAAUGUAAACUUUUAAUUCAUUAAUUGUUUUGUUAAUUUUUUUUUACUUUAUGACUGAAGUCAGAUUUUUUAUUUCCUUUAUGUAAUUUUUAUGAAUUAUUGAAUGUAUUAUGAGUUCAGGCAUGAAAAAGUAUUUAUUUUGGUUUGCUAAUGAACAUUUAGAUUUUAGAAUUAAUGAAAUCAAAUCUAUUGUUAGUUUAUUGAAUGUUGACUUGAAAUGGCUUAAAACGCCUUAUGAAGAUCCUUUUUGGAUUGGAGAGCUUGAUUCAGAUGAAUCUGCUACAAAAAUUGCUAGUCGUUCCAUUACCGUGCGUUAUAUAAUUGAUUUAUGGAGCACAGCUCCUUCAGUUUCUGAACUUCAUAAUGAACUGCAUGGAUUAUCUCACUCUUUGUUGGCUCCUUACAGUGAUGCAUCUUUCAAAAUUAAAGUAGAAAUAUUUGGGAAGUCUCAGACACAAAAAGAAAAACUUGAUAAAAUAGAGAGUUUCAAUUAUCUACCAUUAAAUGGCAGAGUUCAAUUAAAAAAUCCAGAACUGGCUCUACAGUAUAUUGAGUAUUAUGGUGUGGAUCACAGUAUUGCUCCACUGCACCCAAGGGAAUUGUAUUUUGGCCGUGUGGUUGCUCAAUGCCAGCGUGAUUUAAUUUCUAAACAUUCACUUAAAAAAAGAAAAUUUAUUGGCAAUACAAGUAUGGAUCCCCAAUUGUCUCUAAUUAUGGCAAAUCAAGCCAAGAUUAGUAAGGGAGAUCUCGUCUUUGACCCAUUUGUAGGCUCAGGAUCGCUUCUUAUAGCAGCUGCUGAAUUUGGUGGUUAUGUACUAGGUACUGAUAUAGACUAUUUAAUGCUUCAUGGAAAAAGUAGACCCACAAGGAAACAAGAUAGGGAUAAACCAAGAAAUAACGAAAGUGUUUUUUGUAACAUGAAGCAGUAUCAGUUGGAAGAUCAUUACAUUGAUAUAAUUGUUGCCGAUUCAUCUCUGCCUCUAUGGCGACCUGAUAUCCUUUUUGAUGCUAUCAUUACAGAUCCUCCAUAUGGUAUGAGGGAGGCCAUAGAAAAGGUUGGUUGUCGUAAAGAAGAAAAAAGAAUCAGCGAACAACACCUGCCUACACAUAUCCCUAGUAAAGUUGUUUACCCUCUAUGUCGCCUCAUGUCUGAUCUCUUGGAUUUCGCUGCAUUACACUUGACAGUUGGUGCCCGAUUAGUGACAUGGCUUCCUAUUAUCAGAUGUGAAUAUGAUGAAAAGAAAUUACCGCAUCAUGACUGCUUACAAUUGGUUGGAAAUUCUGAACAGAUAUUAUCUACUACUUCUUCCAGAAGAUUGCUUACUUAUGAAAAAAAUAAAAACUUCAAGCCCAAUUCAUCCUCAAAUGGUAUCCUAUAUAGUGAAGAAACGUUUAGAGAACGUUACUACAAAUAUGUAGAGCAACUUCGAAAAGUGAAAGGAUGUGAAAAAGACAGUUAAUACUGUCAUACUGAUUAAAACUUUAAUACAGAAGAUAUUAGAUAAUGACAAAUCAAAUAUAGACAAACUGUUUUUAAUGUUUUCAGAUAAUUUUAAAUGUAUUUUUAUCUUGUCAUGGCUUCAUAUUUAUGGGAAUUUUAAAUUCAACACUAAUUUAUCUCUAGUGACUUUUAUCUGUAUAUUUAUAAUUCUUAUUCUGGA